AUGACGGCAGAAGCUAAUCCAACGGAGAUAGAUACACUGCCUUUGUCAAGACUCGACUGGGCCAUCGCAGGAACGUCCUCGUCAAGCAGCCGCACCGUCGACGGCAAGCAAGUGUCACACUCCCGAUGGGACCACUGGAUUGAUUCACGAACAAGCCAGCCCGAAACAGCCUCCGACCAAGGCGACAUGUAUCCGCAGCCCGACGGGAGCACGCUCGAAAAGGGGCGCAUGGUCAACCCCGAUACGGGCCGUGAGACGGCCUAUGAGGAAAUCUGGGACGACGAGGAGCCCGCCCCGACGGCCUCGGAGCAGGUAUGCGCCGUGCUCAGGUACGAAGAGGGACCAACCCGGGGCUUGGUGGUGAGGCUAGGCAGGUAUUCCCAGGGUUUCGUCAGGAGCGGACAGGAAAUCUCGCUGGAGAGGUGGGAGUGGAAGCGAUCCCAGGCGGUGCGGACCGUAAGAAUGGGCCAGGAAGAGCUGCCGUGCAAGCAGGCGCUGGAGAGGGCGUACAGGCUCGGCGACCAAGUUUUGGCCGGGUCGAAAACAUGGACCGUCGUCGAGGUAGCAUAG